AUGGCUGAAGAACUAGAAAUAGAGAUGCAAACAACAGUUUGCCAAUUAAAGCACCCGAAGAAACGCUCCAGGCUAUGGCAAAGGAUUUUAAACUUGAUAAUUCUCGAACAAAGGAAAAGUACAAUUGUUUGCAUGAUUUUUAACCAUAUUGAUAAAGAAUUGAUGGACAAAAACGAGGAACAACGAAUGUUAUUCUUGACAGAAUUUCGCUCACGUUACUUUAAGAGCACAGAACCAAAAGAAAAAGAUGUUUCAGAAUCAGUACCUCUGUAA